GCUCUGGCUGUUGCUGCCCUUAAGGCCUCCAACAACAACAACCAUCAGCUGUUUUCCGGAGCUCUUAAUACGAAACUUAAAAUUAAUGUAAUUUACUCAUAUAUAUAAGUCGAAAUAUGAAGCUGGCACAGAGAGCCGCCCUCGGGUAUAUGGGCGGUGCCACCAGGACACUUAUGAGCACGCGCCAGGUAAAGGCAUGGCAUUCAAAGAGUACAAAAAUAGAGGAAAGGAGAGUAAGUUUUGUAGAAAAUCGUCCGCUACUGCAGCCCUGCCCUUCCUGGCCAUGCCUUCUUCCAGAACGCAGACUCAUGGGAGGCGUCCUUGGUGGAAAGAAGAAGGAAUAUUCAGAGAGACGUGUUCUUGGGUACUCCAUGAACCAGAUGUUUGAUGUGGUAUCUGAAGUGGAACAUUAUCAUAAGUUUGUUCCUUAUUGCAAAAAAUCUCAGGUGACAUCAAGAAGACCAGGAUUCCUUAAGGCUGACCUUGUGGUUGGGUUCCCCCCUGUGGUCGAAUCGUAUACUUCGAGUGUUACACUGGCACGGCCACACCUGGUGAGGGCUGUCUGCACCGAAGGCAAAUUAUUUAAUCAUCUCUUAACAAUUUGGAAAUUUUCACCAGGAAUUCAUGGGCAGCCUGACACUUGCACUCUUGACUUCUCAGUAUCAUUUGAGUUCAGAUCGAUGAUACACUCUCAGAUGGCUCAUGUGUUCUUCAGCGAUGCUGUGCGGAAAAACGUCAAUUCAUUUUUAGUUGAAGCCCAGAGACGCUAUGGUAAAGAAUCCAUCCUUGCCCGGCGUCCACAGAUCGUAGAAACUUCAUGAAUGCUGUGUAUAGGAGUUUAUUGAAGUGUACAUUUUAUAAAGGAAAGUUUAUUGAAGUGUAUGUUUUAUAAAGGGAAGUUCACGAACGAAUAACACACAAACACACUACAAAAUUCCAGUCAUUAGAUAAAAUAUGUUAUGCGUAUAUGAAUAUAUUUUUAGAAAUCACGUAAGUUAAUUUUGAGGUUAAUAAAACAUACCUAAAGAAGUAUUGUGCAGGUUUACACUAAUGUACAGACUUUUAGGGUAAGGUAAUUUAUUUUUUCUCUUUCAGCAACAGACAAUACUCAAGCCUUUUUAUCACAAUGAAUACUUUUUGUACAUACAGAAAAUAUUGACUUGCCUUGGUAGGAAAUGGAUAAAUAUGAUUAACGAGAAAAUGUCUAAGCAUUACUUUCUGAAAAUAAGUGUGAAAUAAAUUAUUUUUCUUUUAAAGCACUGAAUUUGUGUUAAUAUCACCUCAAUGUCUGACACAUGUACAUACUCUUGUAUAAAUAUUUAAACUUUUAAAAUAUACUUAUUGUAAAUAUAAUAUUUUUGUCCCAGUUAUUUAUUAAAUAUAUUUAUAUCCUUUUUGCCUCUAUUGCCAUAAAGUUAUUUGUAAUGGCAACAUUGAUUAGACACCAUGCAACACUGCACAGAAUAUACACUCAUAAGUAACCAAAAAAUAUUUAGUAAUUGCUAAUUUAGUACUGACUUUUUAAUGUAUAUGUGAUAACUAGUUUAUGUUAGACUGCAUAAAGAAGACAGCUUGUAUUGACAAAUGUUCACAGCUUUAAUUAUAUAGUGAUUGUCUUUUGAUUAUAUUAAUAUGAGGUUAAUGUUUUGUAUCACAUGCUCUCAUUGACACUAUAUAUAUGGUGUAAAAUUUUUGUCUUUUUAUAUGUUAAAUAGAAACAUGGGACAGUUUGAAGCCAAAUCUACUCCUGUAUAAUUAGUUUGGUCCCUUUUUAUAUUGCCUUCAUUAUCUAAAGGCAAACUUGUACUUAUAUUUGAUCAUGUACAUUAUAUUAAAACAUUGUAAUAGCUGUCA